GUCGAAUAAUCAAAAUCAAUCGUCAACAUGUCCGGCGAGACUACCAACGGCGCCGUUGAACGCAACCCCGGCCUUACCAUGUCGGCCACCGAGUUGAUCGGCAACACCCCCCUCGUCCGCCUCAACAGGAUCCCUCAGUCACUCGGUAUCGAGUGCCAGGUCUACGGCAAGGUCGAGCUCUUCAACGCCGGCGGCAGUGUCAAGGACAGAAUCGCCCUUCGCAUGAUCGAGGAGGCCGAGAAGGAAGGCCGUAUCAAGCCUGGCGACACUCUCAUCGAGCCCACCAGUGGUAACACUGGUAUUGGUCUUGCUCUUGUUGGCGCCAUCAAGGGCUACAAAACCAUCAUUACCCUCCCCGAGAAGAUGUCGGCCGAGAAGGUUUCCGUCCUCCGCGCCCUCGGUGCCACCAUCAUCCGUACUCCUACGCAGGCCGCUUGGGAUAGUCCCGAAUCCCACAUCGGUGUCGCCCGCCGUCUCCUCAAGGAGAUCCCCAACUCGCACAUUCUCGACCAGUACACCAACCCCAACAACCCGCUCGCCCACGAGUUCGGUACCGCCGAGGAGAUCUGGAAGCAGACUAACGGCAAGGUCACGGCCGUUGUUGCUGGUGCCGGCACUGGCGGUACCAUCACUGGUAUCGCUCGCGGCCUCCGCAAGCACAACAAGGACAUCAAGGUCAUUGCUGCCGAUCCUGUCGGCUCCAUCCUCGCUCAACCCGAGAGCCUGAACGACCCCAACGCCACCGCUCCCUACAAGGUUGAGGGUAUCGGUUACGAUUUCAUCCCUGACGUCCUCGACCGCGAGUUUGUCGACAAAUGGUACAAGACCGAGGACCGCGAAUCCUUCCACCUCGCUCGCCGCCUUAUCGCCGAGGAGGGUCUCCUGGUUGGUGGUUCUUCCGGCAGCGCCAUGGCCGCCAUGAUCCGGGCCGUCAAGGACUACAACCUCGGCAAGGACGACGUCGUUGUCGUUGUUCUCCCCGACAGCAUUCGCUCCUACCUCUCCAAGUUCGCCGAUGACGACUGGCUCGCCGCCAACGGCCUCCUCGUCACCGACGACGAAAUCAAGACGGCCAACGAUGCCAAGGGUACCGCGACUGUCAAGAAGCAGCAAGAGACAGAGCAGAAGAAGACCGAUGAUGGCUAUGCCGGCGCCACGGUUCGCGCCCUCCGCCUCAAGCCCGUCACCUCGGUCCUCGCCGACUCGCCCUGCUCCGAGGCCAUCGAGACGAUGCGCGACAAGGGCUUCGAUCAGCUCCCCGUCCUCGCCCCCACUGGCGGCAAGCUGGUCGGUCUCGUCACCCUCGGAAACAUUCUCAGCUUCAUCCAGCGCGGCCGCGCCACCCCCGCCACCCCCGUUGCGAAGGUCAUGUUCGACUUCAGCCGCCUCGAUGAGGUUGUCACGGAUCCCCGCAAGUUCGACAACGACCUCAAGGACAAGCAGCGCAAGUUUGUGGAUAUCACCAUGGACACUCCUCUCGCUGCUCUCAGCAAGUUCCUUGAGUGGAACUCUGCUGCGAUUGUCACGGAGAAGACGGACAAUGGGUCCAAGCCUGUGGCUGUGGUCACCAAGGUCGACCUGUUGACCUACAUGCUUCAUCAGCAGUCGCUGUAAAAACCAUUUUUCAAAUGCGUUUGAUGGAUGACUGGGGGUAUAGAGUGGAGGAUAUCCAUACCAACGACAACACCUAAACCUGCCUCCGUGAGCGUGGGAUGGAUUAAACGGGGAUCUUUUUCUUUGACGGGAUAUGAUACCUAGACUCACCAUCUAUGGGCAGCUCUUUCUUUUUUUUUUUUUGCUUUUCUUUUUUUUUUUUCGUCGUUUGCUAAUAGUAAUGGGGGACUUACUCUGGGAGCCUUGGGCGUACUAGUACAUACAUUUGCUUUCGCGUAGAUCUUUCUGGGUAGCAUUUGGUCCGGCGUAGAAAAGGGUUCAACCCGUGCGAAUGGG